AUGAACAUGUCGAAUGAGUCGAAUCCCAGGGUUUUUUUCGACAUGACUAUCGGCGACCAGCCCGCCGGCCGGAUCGUGAUGGAGCUCUUCGCCGACGUCGUCCCAAAGACAGCCGAGAACUUCCGCGCCUUGUGCACCGGCGAGAAGGGCGUCGGAAAAUUCGGCAAGGCCCUCCACUACAAGGGGUCGCGGUUCCACCGCGUGUACCCCGAUUUCAUGUGCCAGGGCGGCGACAUCACGGCGGGUAACGGCAUCGGCGGCGAGUCGAUCUACGGAGGCAAGUUCGCCGACGAGAAUUUCAUUAUUUAA